CUGGAGCUUAUCUCGGUGCGCAUCGUCAGCAUCAGUUUAAAGUCCUCUCUGACAGCCGCUGCCUUCGCCCGGUCCUCCUUUUUUUCUCCCCUCCGCGCCUCGUACCCUCCCCGGUGGUCAUCCCGGCUCGUUGCAGAGCUCGGUCGGGACCGUGGGAGCGCGUCCGAUCGCCGUCUUCAACUUGGGGCAAAGAAAGACACGGGAAAACUCCUCGGGAUUCUCCGUACACUGAGCUCCCUUCCGGAUAUUCUGUUGGACGCCUUGAAGUGCUUCUUAAGGAGAAUUCUGGGGAGAUUUUCUUGCUCUUUCAUUCCUCAAGGAUGAAGCGGCACAGCGGACCCUGAACAGCUCCCGCUUGGUUUUGAACUUCACGUUCCAGGAUGAACCAUGAGCAAAGGUUGUGAGGACCUGUUUCUAGCGUCCUGUCGUGCAGUGAGGCAGUGAGCUCACGGUGGAUACAGCAUGCAUGUGUCGACAUAUCCCAUGAUGCACUCUGCCAGUCCAGGCGUGCUCCUCCUCAGCUUCCUCUUCCUCGCCGAUGCCGACUCACCCCCGAGGUUUACGAGAACCCCCGAAGAUCAGACCGGAGUCCAGGGGGGAGUGGCCUCCUUCGUGUGCCAGGCCGCGGGGGAUCCACAGCCCAAGAUUGUCUGGAACAAGAAAGGCAAAAAAGUCAGCAACCAGAGAUUUGAGGUCAUAGAGUUUGACGACGGGUCCGGCUCGGUCCUGAGGAUCCAGCCGCUGAGGACCCCGAGGGACGAGGCCAUUUACGAAUGUCACGCCUCCAACUCUGCAGGAGAGCUCACUGCCUCCACCCGACUGAGUGUGCUAAGGGAGGACCAGCUGCCCCCGGGGUUUCCCACCAUAGACAUGGGCCCCCAGCUGAAAGUGGUGGAGCGUUCCCGGACCGCCACCAUGCUCUGCGCUGCUAGCGGCAACCCUGACCCAGAAAUUACCUGGUUCAAGGACUUCCUGCCGGUCAACACGUCCAAUAACAACGGACGAAUCAAGCAGCUGCGCUCAGAGUCCUUUGGUGGCACGCCCAUACGAGGUGCCCUCCAGAUAGAGCUGAGUGAGGAGUCCGACCAGGGGAAGUAUGAGUGUGUGGCCACCAACAGCGAUGGGACACGCUACUCCACUCCGGCUAACCUCUACGUCAGAGAGCUGCGAGAAGUGCGCCGCGUCCCCCCGCGCUUCUCCAUCCCACCAGCGGACAGCGAGAUCAUGCCGGGGGGGAACGUCAACAUCACCUGCGUCGCCGUGGGCUCCCCGAUGCCGUACGUGAAGUGGAUGCUGGGGGCGGAGGACCUGACGCCCGAGGACGACAUGCCCAUCGGCCGCAACGUCCUGGAGCUGACCGACGUGCGCCAGUCCAACAAUUACACGUGCGUCGCCAUGUCGACGCUCGGGGUGAUCGAGGCGGUGGCGCAGAUCAUCGUGAAAGCUCUGCCGAAGGCCCCUGGCAACCCCGUGGUGACGGAGAGAACUGCAACAAGCAUCACACUCACCUGGGACUCCGGCAACCCUGAGCCUGUCUCCUACUACAUCAUCCAGCACCGUGCCAGAGGGUCAGAGGACCCCUACAAGGAGAUCGAUGGCAUCGCCACCACGCGCUACAGCGUGGGCGGCCUCAGCCCGUACUCCCUCUACGACUUUCGGGUGGCGGCCGUCAACACAAUUGGCCAGGGCCCCUCCAGCGAGGUGGUGGAGGCCCGCACAGCCGAGCAGGCGCCCUCCUCGCCUCCACGCCAGGUCAGAGGUCGUAUGCUGAGCACGACCACGGCAAUCAUCCACUGGGACGAGCCGGAGGAACCUAACGGACAGGUGGUGGGCUACCGAGUCUACUACACCUCGGACAACGCGCUGCCAGUCAACCAGUGGGAGAAGCAGAUGGUCCGCAGCGCCAACUUCAUCACCAUCCAGGGCUUGACUCCCAACAAGACGUAUUACAUCAGAGUGAUGGCCUUCACCUCUGUAGGGGACGGGCCGCUGUCCCAGGACCUGCAGAUCAUAGCCAAGACUGGAGUUCCAUCCCAACCUUCAGAAUUUAAGGGCGAGGCCAAGUCCGAGACCAGUAUCCUGUUGUCGUGGGUUGCCCCGCCCCAGGGUGGCCCCGACAACCUGAUCACGGGGUAUGAGCUGGUGUACCGCCGAGCCGACGACACAGAGGAGAAGAAAGUGAGCUUUGAGCCCACCACCUCCUACCUGUUGAAGAACCUGAAGCCUUUCUCCAGCUACACCUUCCAGCUGGCCGCCAGGAGCAAGCAUGGGAUCGGAGCGUACACCAACGAGGUGUUCAUCGACACGCCGCAGACGCUUCCGUCAGCGCCCCCACAGGACAUCACAUGCGCCAGCCCCAGCUCGACCAGCAUCCUGGUAAGUUGGGCUCCGCCCCCUGUGGAGUUUCAAAACGGCGUCAUCUCCGGAUACUCCAUCCAGUACGCCACGACCGAGGGCGCCCGAACGUCUAAAAGCGUGGACGGGCUUCCUCCGGAGAGCUCUCCGUACCUCCUGGAGGGCCUGGAGAAAUGGACAGAGUACGGCGUAACGGUCCGGGCGCAGACGGAGGCCGGGGACGGACCGGAGAGUUUGCAGCUGCUCAUCCGCACAGAGGAAGAUGUUCCAAGUGGUCCUCCGCGAGGGGUGGAGGCGGAGACUGUGAACGCCUCGGCCGUUAGGGUGAAAUGGCGAGCACCAGCUCCCGAACGGCAUCACGGCCAAAUUCGAGGCUACCAAGUCCACUAUGUGAGGACGCACUACGGAGAACCUCAGGGUCAGCCGUUCAUCAAGGACAUCCUCAUAGAGGACGCUCAGAGGGAAUACAGUGACUCAACUGAAUAUGAGGUGGUUCUCGGAGACCUGAGGGCAGACACUGCGUACUCCGUAUCGGUGGGGGCUUACACCGCCAAGGGCGACGGCACGCGCAGCAAACCUGUGACCGUGUGCAGCGCCCUGCCACUGCCCGAGAAGCCCAAACUGAGUGUGAGCGCCACCGAUUCGGGGACGGCUCUGCUUCAGUGGCAGCCGCAGGCCAACCCGCCCACGCCGCUCCUCGGGUACCGCCUCACCUUCGGGCGCGUCGACGUCCUGCCCUUCACGGUGGUGGAGUUCCCCACCAAGGAGAGCCGCUACACGGCCCAGGACAUCCACAAGGGAGCCAACUAUGUGUUCCGGCUCUCCUCCCGUAACAAAAUGGGCUACGGCGAGGAGGCCCUCAAGGAGCUGACCACUCCGGAGGACGCCCCCAGCGGGUACCCAGAUAACAUCCUCCUGGAGGAGGCGUCCGCCGACUCCCUGCGGCUGGCGUGGAAAUCAGUCCCGCUGCUCGAGCAAAACGGGAAAAUCCGGAAGUACUCGCUUCUGUACAGGGACAUAAACAGCAGAGGAAACGCCUCGGAGGUGGAGGUGCCCGCCCCGGGGGCGAGUGUCCUGCUGGAGGGCCUGAGUGCGGACACCGUGUACGAAGUCAGGUUGCGCGCGUUCACAGCUGUCGGCCCCGGGCCGUUCAGCCCGAGCGUCCAGUUUAGGACGCAGCGGCUGGACCAAGUUUUUGCCACCAACUUCAGAGUAAAAGCUUCCAUGAAGAACUCUGUUCUGCUCUCCUGGGAGAUACGAGACAAGAACCCGGCCCAGCCCUUCACUAUCCUCUAUGGGAAGGGCCAGUCCGUGGAGGUGGACGGGAAGCAGACCCAGAAGCUGAUCGCCGGCUUGGAGCCGGACACGCAGUACUCCUUCCUGCUCACCAACCGGGCCAACAGCGCCGGCGGCCUGCAGCACCGCGUCACCGCCACCACCGCUCCGGACAUCCUGAAGACCAAGCCCACGGUGGUGGGGAAGACCAACGCGGACGGCAUGGUGACGGUGCAGCUGCCGACCGUGCAGACCGCGGCCAAAGUCAGGGGUUACUACGUGGUGGUGCUGCCACUCAAGAAGCAGAGAGGAGGGAAGUUCCUGAACCCCUGGGAGGAGCCCGACCAGAUGAACCUGGAUGAGCUCCUGAAAGAGAUAAACAGGACCAGCGUCAGCCACGCGCUGCGCAUCCGCAGGCAGGCCGGCCAAUCAGAUCCCAGGGCCUACGUCAGCGCUCACUUCAAGACCCUCCCCCUGGAGUUCACCCUGGGCGACGGGCGCAACUACGGCGACUUCCGCAACCGUCCGCUGCAGAACGGACAGGAGUAUGUUUUCUUUGUGCUCGCGCUGUUGGACCUCUCUGAGAACACCAUGUUCGCCACGAGCCCUUAUUCUGACCCUGUGACCUCAUCGGAUGUGGAUCCCCAGCCAAUCGUGGACGAGGAGGAGGGUCUGCUGUGGGUGGUGGGGCCCGUGCUGGCUGUCAUCUUCAUCGUCUGCAUCGUCAUCGCCAUCCUCCUGUUCAAGAGCAAACCUGACAGGAAAAGGGCGGAGGCCGAGGGCAGGAAGGGCAGUUUCCCCUGCAGCAAGGCCAUGUCGUCCCACCACCCCACUGACCCCGUGGAGCUUCGCCGAAUCAACUUCCAGACUCCAGCCUACCGCGUGUCCGUGUACCGCGGCUACCGCCGUUUGUCAAGCAUGGCAAGUCACCCGCCCGUCCCCAUCUCCGAGCUGGCAGAUCACUGCGAGCGCCUCAAGGCCAACGACAACCUCAAGUUCUCCCAGGAGUACGAGUCCAUCGACCCCGGUCAGCAGUUCACAUGGGAGAACUCCAACUUGGAGGUCAACAAACCAAAGAACCGCUACGCUAACGUCAUUGCCUAUGAUCACUCCAGGGUCAUACUCUCCAGUAUUGAGGGUGUCCCAGGCAGUGACUACAUCAACGCCAACUACAUCGAUGGCUACCGCCGCCAGAACGCCUACAUCGCCACUCAGGGAUCCCUCCCUGAGACUUUCGGGGAGUUCUGGAGGAUGGUCUGGGAGCAGCACACGGCUAACAUCAUCAUGAUGACCAAGCUAGAAGAGAAGUCUCGGAUGCCCUCUUAUUUCUUCUCUAAGGUGAAGUGCGAUCAGUACUGGCCGACCCGGGGCACAGAGACCUACGGCCUGAUCCAGGUCACUCUGCUGGACACGGUGGAGCUGGCCACCUACUCCGUCAGGACCUUCGCUCUUUACAAGAGCGGCUCCAAUGAGAAGCGCGAGGUGCGUCACUUCCAGUUCACAGCCUGGCCGGACCACGGGGUGCCGGAACACCCCACUCCCUUCCUGGCCUUCCUACGCAGGGUCAAGGCCUGCAACCCUCCAGAUGCCGGUCCCAUGGUCGUCCAUUGCAGCGCUGGAGUCGGUCGCACCGGGUGCUUCAUCGUGAUCGACGCCAUGGCGGAGCGGAUCAAGCAGGAGAAGACCCUGGACGUCUACGGCCACGUCACGCUGAUGCGCUCCCAGAGGAACUACAUGGUCCAGACGGAGGACCAGUACAUCUUCAUCCACGACGCGCUGCUGGAGGCCGUGACCUGCGGCAACACCGAGGUCCCCGCCAGGAACCUGUACUCCUACAUCCAGAGGCUGACGCAGAUCGAACCCGGAGAGAAUGUCACCGGCAUGGAGGUGGAGUUCAAGCGUCUGGCCAGUGCCAAGGCCCACACAUCUCGGUUCGUGAGUGCCAACCUGCCGUGCAACAAGUUUAAGAACCGGCUGGUGAACAUCAUGCCCUACGAGACCACGCGAGUGAGCCUGCAGCCAAUCAGAGGCGUGGAGGGAUCGGACUACAUCAAUGCCAGCUUCAUCGAUGGAUACAGGCAGCAGAAGGCCUACAUAGCAACCCAAGGCCCGCUGGCUGAGACCACUGAGGACUACUGGAGGAUGCUGUGGGAACACAACUCCACCAUAGUGGUCAUGCUGACCAAACUGAGAGAGAUGGGACGGGAGAAGUGUCACCAGUAUUGGCCCGCGGAGCGCUCAGCCAGGUACCAGUACUUUGUGGUGGAUCCCAUGGCAGAGUACAACAUGCCCCAGUACAUUCUGCGAGAGUUCAAAGUCACCGAUGCCAGGGAUGGACAAUCGAGAACAGUUCGUCAGUUCCAGUUCACCGAUUGGCCGGAGCAAGGAGUGCCAAAGUCAGGGGAGGGAUUCAUUGAUUUCAUUGGCCAGGUGCACAAAACUAAGGAACAGUUUGGCCAGGACGGGCCAAUUACUGUGCACUGCAGUGCUGGAGUAGGCAGGACCGGCGUGUUCAUCACCCUCAGCAUCGUUCUGGAGAGGAUGCGGUACGAGGGAGUGGUGGACAUCUUCCAGACCGUCAAGAUGCUGCGCACCCAGAGACCCGCCACGGUUCAGACAGAGGACCAGUACCAGUUCUGCUACCGGGCCAGUCUAGAGUACCUGGGAAGCUUCGAUCACUAUGCAACAUAAACCCGACUGGCCGCCUCUCUCAUGCCACAUCCCACCUAGUGCACUUUUCUUAGGUCACAAGCGGCCUAAAACAAUGCACUAGGCUGCAAUGUGUCUUUUGAAGAUUGUUUUGCGACCAAAUGCAGAGUGAAGGGGACCCAUCGGCUUAUCCCGUACUCCGAAACAGCACCUCUAACUGAGCCAUAGCAACCUGCUCGACGAGGGUGGUUCCUUUCACCCUCAGCCCAAACACACCCAUUGGUCAGUCUGAAGAAGCAACUUCAACCACUGUUCCAAUCAGAAUACUUGAUCAAAUAUUGAUUUUCUUUUCUUUAUUUUUAUUUUUUAUUUGUUUCAGUGCUUUUGUGAGCACCCAGAUUGCUUUACAUUGUUUGGGUGUGGAACUCUCACCUCGUCCACCACCAGUGUAGCAUCACCAACCCGGCUACAAUAUUUAGCUGUCACGAGAAAUUUAGAUUUUUCUAUCUUGAGGACUGUACAGGAGGAGUCUACAUUUCCAUCUGAUGGAAGUGUUGUGGACUGAAGGAACUGGGACUUUUGAGCACCAGAGAAUUGCCAACAGGAGACUGAGAACACAGAGCACACAGUAUUCAAAAGACAAAGAAUAUACAUCCCAAAAAAAGACACCAAGCUAUGUUCUGUUUCCAAUUGUUUUGGGAACAGACUCUUGUGUAGUUUCUUGUGAAUGAAAAACAAGAUAUUUCUACCAUACAGUAAUAAAAACCACCAGUUCAACCUUAUGCUUCAUGUGUUAAGAUAAGGGAAGCCUGAGAGGGGUUUUAAAUGCACCACAAAGUAAAACAUUCAUUUAGUUUUCUAGAGAAAUAAAUAUAGAUAUGUGACGAUGUUGUUUUUUUGUUUGUUUGUUUUUUUCAACUGGCUAUUCUUUAUGGCAUGUUCAGUUUUGUUUUUGUUUUAACAGAUUCAUGACUUUGUCGCCACUGACAAUACAAAGGCAAAGUUGUGUUUUUUUUACCCUUCUGUGUAAUACAAUGAGCUGUAGCGUUAAAAAAAACAGAAAAAAACGUGAUGCGGUUUUGAAGUGUACAAUCAAAUCUAGUGUGGAAAAUGUUCACAGUUCUAUAAAAGCCACCACCAUGUAGUGUCACUCUCGUAUUCUAUCCAAACACACAGGUGUUGGCCGUGCACACAGGACGCCUCGUGGGGUUCUUUGUGUGCCGGUCCAGCCAAAGGCCACAUGGAGCUACAGAGAGCACAGAAGGCCAAGUACGUCCAAAUAAGCCUCACAAAGGUUUGUGGGGAGGGGGGGGGGGGACGUAGAAGACAGGGUGGGACGAUGGUGUUGGGACAGCAUCGUGUUUCUCACUGGAAUGCUCACCUGUGACUUUUCUCUGUCUGAUUCAGUGUGCAAUAAGUCGAUGUGUGAUAUAUUUUUGUGUGGUGUCACUAACUGCAGUUAUAUGCCAUUAUGAAGACAACGACAUCUCGGUGUUACGCAAAGAUGUUUUAACGAAUCUCGCCACUGAUAGAUGUGUCCAAACAGAGGGACGACCUCUGACCUCCUAGGAAGUAGAUCUUUUAUCAUGUCACAACUCCAGUAGAUGAUGUCAUACUUCUGUGUGUCAUGGCAACCAAGGGAUGAUCAAACUCAUACUUCAAACAGCAUCUAAUAAGUAUUUUGAUUUUAGAUUUCUAGUGCCUUAUAUUACACGCCUAUUUUGAUAAAGUUACUUUAAAGGGUUCUUUUGUGUAUUUUAUGUGUGUGUGCUUUUGAACGGAAUGUAUGUGUAUAUGAUUUAGUUAUGUUACAGUACGUAGAGGUAUCUUGUGCGUUGUGUUUUUGGCUGUGAAUCUUUGUGUGGAAGUUGGACAGUUGGACUCAUCACUUUCCCAGCAGCCACACGGUCACAUCUCUUUUAAUCAAAAAGAGGUGACAUCAGACUCAAAUACAACGGGGGGGGGAAGAAGUUUAAAAAAAGAUUCUAAGCAGGAUGGUCUGAUCAUUUUGUAUGUCGACAGCUUUUCUUUCCCGGGACACCUGCGCAGGCUGUGUGUGUGUGUGUUUGUGUGUGUGUUCACUCUUUCACUCCGACUUCAUCACGUUCUGGCCACACUUUGACACCACAGCGAAGGAGAAGUCCGACUUACUCAGCUGUGUAGAAAUCAAGAAGCUCUUCAGCCAGAUUGAAGAAAAGCUAAAUAUCAAAAGACACAGAAACCUGAGGCCCUCCUCCUAAACUCGUCCUGAUGUCAACAGUCCCAUCUUUCUUUUCCUUUUUGACAACAAAGGCUGAGAGAAGUUCCGGUGCUACGUCUCCAACAACACAGAAACCAUCUUUUUUGUAUCUCCGUUGGCGCUUCACCGCGUACGGGACCGUUGACGGAUUCCCACCAUCCCACAGUAACCCCGUUGUCGUUUUUGUAUGCAUGGUACCACUUUCGAGAUGCCCCUUCGGUCGCACCUGUUACGGGAAGACUUGCACUUUCUCUCUUUGUACUAUGCACUAAUACUAGUAUCCUAUUAUCUCUGAUAGCCCUUCCCCUCACAAAGGAGUUGUACUUGAACUCAAAGUGGACCCUGUAAUGCUCACAUGGUUGUUUAUAUGUAAAUAACACAAAACACAGAGUAAUUGAAGUGCAUAAAUCAAUGAAUAGAUCAUUAAGGUAAAGAGUGAAUAGGAAUCUAUCAGAUAUACAGAGAGAUAUAAUAAAACGAUGCACCUGAAACCACAGUUUAUGGCACAGCAGUAUGUGCAAUACGUCACAUUGUGGGUUUGUUGUACCACAAAAGAGAAGUUUCACAAAGAAAGUGUUCUAUUUUACCCCCUAAUGUAUAAUGUAGAUGGAUAAAACGAGUUUAUAAAUUGUAUAAAAAUUAAAAUAUGGUGUUACUUGGAUCAAUUACCUUUAAUUGGUCUGUAAAUGUAAACUUUUUUUGUUUUGUUUGGGGUUUGUUUUCUGCUCCGGGUCAACAAGUGCUUUUUAUUUUCCUACAUUGGUUCUUGGAGCGUGUGAAAACCGAAAAACAGGUCUGUAUGAAUUUCUGUUCUCUGUCGACACAAGUUUCAUUUGUUACAAAUAAACUCAAGUGAAAUAAUUA